AUGCCAGCUUCCACGCCCCUCGACGUGCCAUUACACGUCAAGUACAUCCAGCAGCUCGAUAAGAAGAAGGACUUGGCGUAUCACCUGACCGAACACCUGCGCCUGAACGGCGUAUACUGGGGCCUCACAGCCCUGUGUAUCAUGGGACACAAGGAUGCGCUCCCGCGCGACGCGAUGAUCGACUACGUCAUGAGCUGCUGGGACGACACGGCUGGCGCUUUCGGCGCACAUCCGGGACACGACGCCCACAUCCAUGCCACGCUGAGCGCGUUGCAGGUGUUGAUUAUGCAGGACGAGCUGGAGCGGGUUGAUGCGGAGCGUGUUGUUAAGUUUCUCCUCUCCCUCGUUGGCACUGAUGGCCGCGUGGCCGGCGACGAGUUCGGCGAGCGAGACACGCGUUUCUCGUACAUCCUCGUGUCGGCGCUCUCGCUCCUCGGACGACUCGAUGCUCUCGAGCUUGUACAUGGGGGCAAGGGGAGGAAACUGGUGCUGGACAACAUUGUGGGCAGCAUGAACUUUGAUGUCUGGGUCUGUGUUGCUGCCCUCGCCAUCUUGGGCGAACUCGACCGAGUCGACCGCGACCUACUCGGCUGGUGGUUGAGCGAGCGCCAGCUUCCCAAUGGAGGGUUGAACGGACGACCCGAGAAGCUCGAGGACGUGUGUUAUUCGUGGUGGAACCUGGCUGCGCUCAGUAUCAUCGGCAAGCUGCACUGGAUCAAUCGCGACAAGUUGAUCGCGUUCAUCCUCAGUGCACAGGACACGGAGGAUGGGGGUAUUGCCGACCGGCCGGGCGACUGGGUCGAUGUGUUCCACACAGUCUUUGGGCUCGCUGGGUUGUCUCUCCUCGGAUACCCUGGUCUGCGGGAGGUGGACCCGCUGUACUGCAUGCCGGCGGAGGUUAUUGCUGCGCGCGGCCUGAAGAGAGAGUACACGACGGGGUCGCGGUUGGGUCAUAGCCGUGACAGUGUGACAGUAUAG